UUUAAUGUUAGUAUAAGUGAUGAAAUUCCAUUAGAUAGAGAUAUACCAGAUACAAGACCUCCAGGCUGUCUGGCCAAAUCAUACACCAUUCCAGAUGGCAUCAAGGUGUCUGUCAUCAUCAUUUUCCACAACGAAGCUUUGACAACUUUAUUACGAACAGUCCACAGCGUACUUUACAGAUCUCCAGCUAAUAUACUGGAGGAAGUUAUACUUGUUGAUGACCUCAGUACCUUUGCAGAUCUUGGAGAGGUUUUAUCAAUAUACGUGUCAUCACUGGAUCCAAGAGUACGUAUAUUGAGGAACACACAGCGUCAAGGGUUAGUUAGAUCUAGAUUAACAGGUGCUGAUAAUGCUACUGGUGAUAUUUUGAUAUGGUUAGAUGCUCAUAUUGAAUGUAACACUGGUUGGUUGGAACCACUGGUUCAUGAAUUAGCUCGCAACAACCAAACCAUAGUACAACCUCACGUUGAUGUCAUUGAUUCCAAUACUAUAGAUUUUUAUGCCUACCCUGGAGAUAUGUUCCGUGGAGGAUUUGGAUGGGAUUUAAGAUAUUCGUGGUUUCAUUUACCAAAAUACUUAAGUCAAUCCUUUACAUCAGUAACAGAUCCUUUCCCAACACCAGUACUAGUUGGUUGUGCUAUAGCUGCCAGGAAAGACCACUUUGAUUCUACUGGAAGAUUCGAUGAUGGGCUUAAUAUUUGGGGUGGAGAGCACUUUGAUUUAUCAUUUAGG